UAAAUCGCUGCACCUCCUGCUGUUUCAUUUAUUUGUUGUGUUGUUUUGAGAGGGAAAAUGUCUGGAACCGCUGACACAGGUGCAGGGCAAGUGGAGGUAGUGGUUAAGGAUGAGGCCCAAGCCUCACCCUCAACUCCACCUCCCCCUCCUCUGACCCMUGCGCAGCGGCGCAAGAAGGAGAUCCAAGAGAAACUGCGAGAGCAACAGGCGCUGCUCGCAGAGGCAGAGAGACAAGAGGCUGCAGAGCUGGAAGCUGCAACAGAUGCUUCUAGAAAAGAGCAUCUGCUGCAGCAAGCUCAGAAGACUCUUGCAGAUGCGAGAGUGGCCCAGUGUACACGAGACCUGGAUGAGCUGAUAUUGUUGGAGGACAAACUUACAGCCAGCCACUUCACAAACUGGGAUGAGAGGAUCCAGCGGCUGACCAGGGUGGCUGACCUGGGAACUCAGCAGUCAAAGAUCCUGGAUGCUAUCCAGAAUCUGACUGCUCAGUUAACAGCAGCCAACGUCAUCAGUCUCCUGGUCCCUUUGGUCCCCUCUCUGAAGCCCAAGAAGUCUUCUCAACCCCCUUCUCCACCUCCUUCUCCACCUCCUGUGUCUCCUCACUCUUCUCGCAAGGCUUCUCCCUCUGUCUCCUCCCAGGCCAAAGCCACACCUCCUCCCACCUUUGCUGCUGUUGUUGUUGGGGACCACAGAGGUCCCAAGAUCCCUUCCCCCAGCAAAUUCAAGGGGGAUGACCCCAAGAUUGAUUGGCUGAGAGCAGUCAACCCAAGGAUCGACUGGCAGAUCCUCAAGGUUGAGCUGCCAAACAGCAAGGGGGUGUAUCAGCCUGGUAUGAUUGCAGCUGAUCACCACCCUAAGACCACCUGCUUCUGCUUGAGAGCGAGAGAGUUUUAUGCUCUCUCAUGCCAGUACGACCAUGAGCGCCUGUUCAUAGCUCUGGUCAAGCAGACAGACGCUCGCUCUACUCCCUGUCCUCCUGAGAUACAGCAGGUUGUGGACCAGUAUAGUGAUCUGAUGCAGGAGCCCUUUGGGUUACCCAACCGGCCAACCAAGCAUCACAUUGAGCGGCUGCCUGGAGCGGUCCCUCCCAAGGGCCGCAUCUACAAGAUGUCACCUGCUGAGCUUGAGGAGCUCAGGCGACAGCUUGAGACCCUGACCAGCAAAGGCUGGAUCAGGCCCAACACUUCUGAAUUCGGUGCUCCAGUCCUCUUUGUUCCAAAGGGGAGUGGUGAGUUCAGAAUGUGCAUAGACCACAGGGGUCUCAACAAGAUCAUUAGGAAGAGCACAAAGCCACUUCCUAGGAUUGAUGACCUUCUGGAUAUGGUCCAGGGCUGCACCAUCUUCAGCAAAGUCGACCUCAAAUCUGGCUAUCACCAGAUUGAGAUGGCAGAGGAGGACAUCCACAAGACGGCCUUCAAAACCAGGUAUGGUACUUAUGAGUACCUGGUGAUGCCAUUUGGACUUUGCAAUGCACCUGGCACAUUCCAGACUGAGAUGCACCGCAUAUUCAGGCCGUACCUGGAUAAGUUUAUGGUUGUCUACUUGGAUGAUAUCCUGGUAUUCAGCAAAAAUACCAGGGAACAUGCGGAGCACCUGGCUCUGGUUCUUCAGUCGUUACGUGACAGCCAAUACAAGAUCAACAAAGAGAAGUCCUCUUUUGGAGUUCCCUCUGUGAUCUACCUGGGUCAUGCCUUCACUCGUGCACCUGUUCUGAAGUUGCCUGACCCCACCUUGCCUUUUGUGCUGACUACUGAUGCUAGCCAGUACGGCAUUGGGGCAGUUCUUCAGCAGGAUGAUGGGAAUGGUCUGAGACCUGUAGAGUUCAUGAGUAAGAAGAUCAAGACUCAGAAGCUUCACGACUCUACCUACGAGAAAGAGCUUUAUGCUCUUGUCAGUGCCCUGAAACACUGGAAACACUUUCUCCUGGGCAGGCACUUCAAGAUCUUUUGUGAUCAUUCCACUUUGCAGUGGUUGAAGUCCCAGGGAGAGUUAAAUGAUAAGUUGGCACGUUACAUUCAGUUCAUUGAUCUGUUUGACUUUGAACUAAGACACAAGAAGGGCUGCUACAACAAAGUAGUUGACGCCCUCUCUCGUAGGCCUGUCUCUUUUGCGCUGAUCUCCUCUACUCAUUCCUUUGGGGAGGAGGUCCGUCAGACCAUUGCUCGUUUACUGCCUCAGGAUCCGACUUAUGGACCCAUCGUCAGGAAUCUGCAAGCAGAUCCCAACUCUGAACCUGGCUAUGCCAUGAGUUCAGAUCUGUUGUACACUUACAGCAGAGGAGAGGAGCGCUUGUGCAUCCCUGAGGAUCAGCAGCUGCGGACACUGCUGAUGUCAGAGUGCCAUGACGCGCGUGGACACUUUGGGUUCCUAAGGUCGUAUGCAGCGUUGUCACAGCGCUUCUUCUGGAAGGAGAUACAGAGUGAUAUGCUGUGCUAUGUGGAUACCUGCAAGCUCUGCCAAAGGAACAAGGUUCAGCGUAAACCUCCUUUGGGAUUGCUCAAACCCUUGCCCAUACCUGAUGGUCCUGCAGAGUUUGUAUCCAUUGAUUUUACAGACUUAGGCAAGACUACCCCUCGUGGCAUGCGUCAGGUUAUGGUCUGCGUGGACAGGUUUUCCAAAUACGCAGAGUUCAUCCCCUUGCCAGAGGUAGCCAGGGUACCGGCUGUGAGAGCAACCUUUUCUGAGAGGUGGGUCACGCACCAUGGACCACCCACCUCUAUUGUUAGUGAUCGAGACCCCAGAUUCUGCAGCGAUGAGUGGCAGUCCUACUGUAAGGACUAUCUGCACUCACGCCUGGACAUGACUUCUGGUCGUCAUCCUGAAGCCAAUGGAUUGGCUGAAGUGAUGAACCAAGUCCUGUUCYAGUUGCUGCGCCCUGUGAUCUCUCCGGAUCAGCAGGACUGGGAUCUCCACUUUGCGAGGGCACAGCUCAUGUAUAACAUGUCUGUCCACUCCUCGACGGAGUUCAGUCCCUACCGACUACAUAUGGGACGUGAGCCACCACAGCCUCUCGAUGAUAUCAUCAAUAAGGCUAAGCUUGACCUUACCCCAGGCACUGCAGAGUUCGCCAGACGCUAUCGUCUGGAUGUGGAAAGAGCCCGGGCGAACUUGUUCAAGGCCCAAAAGGCCAUGAUUGAACAAGCUAACCGCCACAGGCGGCCUUCCCCCAUCCGCACUGGUGACUAUGUCUGGGUGGCCAGUUCUGAGUUGUCGAGGGAGGAGGAUAUUCUCCCAAGCUGUUGCCACGCUACCUGGACGAGGUUUGGCACCCACUAUGUGAUGCUGGAUCGACUUCUCACGUGCGAGAAAGCUCUUCGCCGUGUGGUGUUGGCGGACUCGUGGACAAACAUGGCGAGCCAAGCGUACUUGAGGAGGGAUGCUGCAGAGGUGGAAAACCUUGUCACUAACAGAGCGUUCUGGGCUGAGAUUAAGAAGUUGCAUGCAGUGUUGGAGGGGGCGUGCGAGGUGCUCAGAAUGGUUGACAAGGACAUCCACUGCUUGUCCCGUGUGUACGACGCAGUUGUGGCACUGAAGAACUGCGUACGCGGUGUCGCGCUCACAGAUGUUGAGCGAGAGAAGAUCCUGGCCGAUGUCGGAAAGAGGACGGACAUGUUGUUGAGCCCUAUACAUGCUGUGGCACGACUGCAAGACCCUCGACUGAGGGACAUCAGCGUCUUCAGCAACGAGGAGCUCAUCGCGCAGUUCGACGCCGUGGUGGACCGCCUUGUUGCCAAGAAAGGGACACAGAAGUUCAACAACUGCACAGACCAGUUGUACGACUUCCAGUUCGCCAGAGGGGUUUUCGGAUCAGCCGGAGCAUUGAGGAGCGCAGAGAAGGACAACGCAGUCCUCUGGUGGGAGGCACACGGAGGUGGUCAUCCGGAGAUCAAGAAGUUGGCGCUGAAAGUGCUCUCAAUAUGGACGACGUCCUCUCCUGCAGAGAGGAACUGGAGCACGUGGGCCCUUGUGCAGAUGAAGACAAGGAACCAGUUGAAGCACAAGCGCACGGAGAAACUGGUCUACUCCCACUGGAACCUCAGGUUGAAGAGCAGGGGGGAGGACGGUCCAACAGUGAAAGGAGGGUGGUUGGGACUGCAGCGUGAUUGGGAGGACGAGGAUCUAGACGGCGAGGCGACUGGUGAGGUUGACGUGGACGACGAUGUCGUCGUCAGGCGUGAGGCUGCGGGAUCUGAGAGAGGCAGCACCACCAUCGUCGCUGCUCGUGUUUCUCGGAACACGAGGGACUUAGAGGAGGAGGAGGAGGAGGAGGAGGAGGAGGGUGAUGGCUUUCCUUGCGAGGAGUGGCAGGACGAGCGGUCCGACUCCAACAAGUCGUGGACGUGGAGGGAGGACAUCACUCCAUAUGUGGGAGGCACAAGAUUCAGCGAAAGGGUUGCAGCACGGCAUGCCCGAGACCGGUCUCGAAAGGGCAGCCACAAAGAGCGGCAGGAUGACGAGCACGACGAUGAGGGGGAGGACGAGGAGCAGCAGGUGGACGAGCAGGUGGGUGAGCAGCCGGACGAGGAGCAGCAGACGGAGCAGCAGCAGGAGGAGCAGCAGCCCAAGGAUCAGCAGCAGCGUGGGGAAGAGGAGGAGGAGGAGCAGCAGCAGGAGGAGCAGCAGCCCCAGGAUCAGCAGCAGCGUGGGGACGAGGAGCAACAGGAGGAGCAGCAGGAGGACGAGCAUUUGGUGGAGCCCCAGCCCGAGGAUCAACAGCAGCGGGAGCAGCACGUCCAGCAAAAGGAGCAGCAGGUGGACGACCACGAAGAGGAACAACGGGAGCAGCAGGAAGAGAAGCAAGGGGAUCAGCUGCAUGCAUUCUAUGUUCCGAAGAGACCGUCAUAGCUGCUUGGCCGUUUGGGGGCUGCUCCUGGUGGCUCAUGGGAUCCGCUCGCUUAUCGACCUCCCCGUGGUGGGAGAGCAGUCGAGGAGCGGGUUCGUCUACUAGAGGGAGAGGACGCCCACCUUCGACAUCCACAAGAGGCAGAGGACGUCCUGCUUCCUCAUCCGCGAGAGACAGGGGGCGACCGCGCUCUACCGAUA